CUCAGAUAUUUGCGAUUUACGAUUUACAGUACGGUGUACUCCAGUUUGUUAAAGUCCUGAAAAAUCUUUUGUGAGGAUUGCCGAUUGCGAUCUAUCUUAAUUGUAGACUCUUUAUGUUGAACCUGAUAGUUCUAAACUUUUAAUUUAUUUUAACAGUUAGUCUACAUUGUUUGAUGGUAACGGUAAUUACGGAUGCAAGCCUGUGACUUAUUUGCUCACUGAUUAAUAUACUUACAUCGUAAACCCCAUUGGCAAGAAUCAGGCAUUUUUCGUUUUCUUUUUGACUCUCCACUCUUCGUCAGGGAACCAUGCCUCGCAUUCUUAUCAAAGGUGGUAUUUGGCGCAAUACCGAGGAUGAAAUCCUCAAGGCAGCUGUUAUGAAAUAUGGAAAAAAUCAGUGGUCCCGUAUUGCCUCUUUACUGCACAGAAAAACUGCCAAGCAGUGUAAAGCUCGCUGGUACGAAUGGUUGGAUCCCAGCAUUAAAAAGACGGAAUGGAGUCGAGAGGAGGAAGAGAAACUACUGCAUUUGGCCAAACUGAUGCCCACACAAUGGCGAACCAUCGCUCCAAUUGUCGGCCGAACGGCGGCGCAGUGUUUAGAGCACUACGAGCAUCUUCUCGAUCAAGCGCAAAAGAAAAGUGAAGGUGACGAUGAUGCGUUGGAUCCCCGAAAACUGCGUCCCGGGGAAAUCGACCCGAACCCAGAAACCAAACCCGCACGUCCCGAUCCGAAGGAUAUGGACGAGGAUGAACUGGAGAUGCUGUCGGAAGCCCGUGCGCGGUUGGCCAAUACACAGGGCAAAAAAGCCAAGCGGAAAGCCAGGGAAAAGUCGUUGGAUGAAGCAAGACGCUUAGCGUCGUUACAGAAGCGACGGGAAAUGCGUGCGGCGGGUAUUCGUGUACGGCUGAUUAAAAAGAGUAAACGGAUGACCGUGGAUUACCACGAAGAAAUCCCGUUUGAGAAAAAGACGCCCAAAGGUUUCUAUGACACGAAAGAGGAGAACGAAUUAAUUAACACUAAAGAAUUCAAAAGAUUGAAUCCAAGAGAACUGCAGCCGGAACCGAAAUCAAUAACCGAAGCGCGAGAACGCAAGAAAGAUGCGGAAAAGAUGAAGAAGCGCAAGGAAAAUGAAAUGCCAGACGCAUUUUCUAAUCAGCCGGUCGUUAAGCGCGGUAAACUUGUGCUGCCCGAACCACAGAUUACGGAUAAGGAACUCGAUGAGGUUGUCAAACUGGGUCGGGCAACGGAGGCGUUCCGGGAUGCGUCUAAAGAAGGAUCCGAAGCGUCCCAGGCUUUGUUAUCGGAUUAUUCUGCUACUCCCAGCGUUCACAAUUUCCGAACACCCCGCACCACAACACAGAAGGAUGUGGUGCUGCAGGAAGCCCAAAAUAUCUUGGCGCUGUCGAAUGUGGAAACGCCACUGAAAGGUGGAAUGAACACUCCGCUGGUGGAAUCCGAUUUUACCGGUGCCACUCCACGAAAAAAUGUUGUGCAAACACCGAAUGUGCUGUUACAAGCUUUGAAAACACCUGGUCAUCCAGGCGGUGCUGGAGGAAUGACCCCAAGAUCGAAUGCUGGGGUUAGCGAGCCUGGUGCAUCAGUCCGCGAAUCCGUCCGGGAUUCACUUCGAAUCAAUGUUGAUGAGGAGGUGGACGAUUCAUUAAACCAGGACGUAUUGCGUCGAAAACUCCGCGACGGCCUGUCAAGCCUUCCCGCCCCAAAGAAUGAUUUCGAAAUUGUUGUUCCGGAAGCGGAUGGCAUUGAGGAGGGUGUGGAAGUCAGCGACGAAAUGGAGUUGGCUCCGGAUGCGGACGAUCUGGAAACGCAACGUCAGUUGGCCGAAGAUGCUCGCCGGAAACUGGAAUGGAGUUUGCGAUCGCAGUCGGUCCAGCGCGAUCUUCCACGUCCCACCCAGCCAUAUAUGAUUAGUUCUCGACUGGAUGCUGCUGGAAUUGAUAAUGAUUACAAAUCGGCAGAGAAUCUAAUUCAUAAAGAAAUGUUAACUAUGAUGCAUUACGACGCGCUGAAAAAUCCGCAAGGGAAACUGGCGGAUGUGAAAAGUAGUUCCUGUGCGUUCUUAAAGGUGAAUCCAUAUGAGUCUUUUACAGCCGAUGAACUGACACAUGCCAGAAAUUUAAUUGCUGAGGCCGAAAGGGAUCUGGCUGUGGAUGCGGAAACGUUUAAUUCCGUUUGGGAAGAUAUCAAUAAGAAGGUGGCGUAUAUCGGAGAGAAGGAUCAUGUUCACCGCUUCGGCACGCUGGACGAGGCAUCUAAAAAAGAUGUGUGUGACUUUUUGGAAAAACGGAUUGAUGGAUAUUCGAAAGCGAAUGAAAGGCUGAAUGGAAGGCUGGAAAAAAUGGAUAAAAAUUUGGGCAUUAUGACUGCCGGAUACAGACAACGCGUUGCAGGGUUGUCGAAACGGCUAGAAGAAUCUGAAGCGACUCUAGAUCAAGCAAAUUUGGAUGUGACUUCGUUUGACUUGCUGAAGGCCAGAGAGGAUGUUGCUAUUGCGAGAAGAUUGACGAUGAUCGAAGAGGAUGUUAACAAACAGGCAGAACGAGAAAAGGCGUUACAACAACGCUUUAUGGAACUUCGUCGCCAGCUGGAGAAUUUCCAAACCGCUGACGAUGAUGAAGCUUGAAAGCGCGCGGAAUUCAGUGCAUUUCUGCAAAACCUAAAUACAUUUUAUGUUCAGUGGUCACUUGAUUUUGAUUGGUAGUUUCGUUAUUAUUCCUGGUAUAAUUUAUAUUGCACUGGGCGGAGCGCUUUGAGUGGACUUAGUCGUACCGAUAUUAUAAACGCGUACCGUGGAUGUAGAGCCGAAACGCGUGAACACAUAAUAAUGUUAUUGCAAACGCGUGAGUCAACGAAAUACGAUAUAUCUGGCAGCAGCUGUUGAAAAAUAAGUAAUAGUACUGUAAUGGUUACUCG